AUGCAGAGUUCCCCUCCUCCUGCGCAGAAGGACAAGGCUUUGCAGAAGGACGAGGCUUUGCAGAAGGACGAGGCUUUGCAGAAGGACGAGGCUUCGCAGAAGGAGGAUGCUUUGCGUGCAAGGGACUCCAGUCAGGAUUCGUCGUUUGUCCCUACACAGAAACUGCCAUCGUCUGAUUGCGAUCCUGUCGAAGAGCCAACGAAGGUCUCAGAUCAUUCUGAUGCCAAGCAUGAUGGCAACGGAAUAAAAUGCGCCCCUACUACCGAUGAACUGGAGAGUAUCCGUGACGAUGAUGAUGAUGAUUACCGCUAUGUCUUGAUUUCCCAGCCACCUCCUGUGCUCAGCUCGGGCGCUAUAUACCAAAAGCUUCGCAGAGUGUUUAUGCCCCGGGCUGAUGGAUCUUUCCUGACAAGUACCGAAUUUCGGGAACAAUGGAAAGACAUCGACCGCUUUGUGAAGAAGUGCCGGUACAUCAGCGAGUCGAUCCAGGAAGAGAGCCUGGAAAUCCAGGGCGAGUUCCUUACUGAGGAGGACAUGCGUACCGCGAAGCACAAAAUUGCGGGCAUCAAGCGCUAUUGCUCCAAGUUCCCCGACCAGUUGAUGAGGGAAUCCAAGUAUGGCCUUGGCACGAUGUAUUGGACUGAUAUCAAGGUGGCUGGCACCUUGAACAGUUGCCAAGCUACUUCCCGCAAUGAUACCCGUAUUUUGGUCAUCCAAGAUGCUCCGAUGGGUGCGGCGUUGGCUGCCGAUCCUGGUGCCCGCGAGGAACUUGAUGAUGAAGUUCAUGAGCAGCCUGAGGAUGGGCAGAACUUGAAGCAUGGGUGGCCAGAGCUUGAGAAAGACAUGGCACCCUCUGCCCUUCUAGUCCCUGCCAACCGAUGCUUCCAGCGACACUUGAAGAAGUUGGAAGCCCUAGCCAAGCGUUUUACGGCCGCUGGAAAGUCGAUAACUGAUCUGCAGCAGCAGUCUGGGCCCCAAUAUCAUAUGUUGGAAUCAUGA